UAUCAUGGCCCCUUUCGUUUGGCUGUAGCAGAUCAGAGCAGCUCAAAGAGACACACAGCUUUAUGUUUCAAACAGUCUCCUGUUUUGUUGUCUGACGUAGAGCAAAGAUGCAGAAAAUUAAGUCUUUAAUGGCCCGACAGGGUCUAAAAAGUCCCCAGGAAAGCAUGGCAGAUAUGAGCCCCGUGGAGAAUUUCAGGAUCCCAAGUAAGGAGGAGCUGCGCGAGAUGCGGGAGCAGCCCAUCGACCCGCAGGCCGAGCAGGAGAUCAUCGACAGCAUCGAGGAGGUGUACUUCUCCAGCGACUCCUUCGACAUGGUGCAGCACGAGCUGGAGAAACUCCCACCUGACCUCAACCUCCAGGAGAUUGAGGAAUACCGAGACAAGCUGAAGCGGCAACAGUCGGCGGUCUCCAAAAAAGUAGCUGAUCUCAUCUUGGAGAAGCAGCCCUCCUAUGUUAAGGAGCUGGAGAGGGUGACGUCACUGCAGACCAACCUGCAGCUGGCCGCAGUCAUCUGCACCAACGCCAGGAGGCAGCUGAGCUUUUCUAAAGAGGGCUUCACUGAGGCCAGUCUCGGGCUUCUAGCCAACCAGAGGAGGAGGCAACUGCUGACCGGCCUACUCAAGUCACUGAGGACCAUAAAGACCCUGCAAAGGACGGACGUGAGGCUUAGUGAGAUGCUUGAGGAGGAAGAUUAUCCAGGUGCUAUCCAGUUGUGUCUGGAAUGUCAAAAGGCGGCCAGCACGUUCAAACACUACAGCUGCAUCAGUGAGUUGAAUUCAAAGCUUCAGGAUACACUGGAGCAGAUAGAGGAGCAGCUGGAUGUGGCCCUGUCCAAGACCUGCAAGCACUUUGACGUCUCGCACUACACCAAAGUCCAGCUGGCCUACACUCUCCUGGGCAAAACGCAGACGGCCAUGGACCAGCUCCACAUGCACUUCACCCAGGCCAUCCACAACACCGUGUUCCAGGUGGUGCUUGGCUACGUGGAGCUGUGCGCUGGCAACGCCGACACCAAGUUCCAGAAGAUGCAGUACAAAGACCUCUGCACGCACAUCACCACAGACAGCUACAUCCCCUGCCUGACUGACCUCUGCAAGGCAUUGUGGGAAGUGAUGCUGAGCUACCACAGGACAAUGCAGUGGCACGAAGAGCACGACAAGGAGGAGGCGGCCAGCCCUGACCCAGAGGGCAGCAGCGAGGACGGCUCGGACGAGGCGGUGGUGGGCCGCACCUACGUGAAGAAGAAGCUGGAGCACGGCCUCAGCCGCAUCUGGCAGGACGUCCAGCUGAAGGUGAAGGCUUAUUUGCUGGGGACGGACAUGUCCAACUUCAAGUACGACGACUUCAUCGUGGUCCUGGAUGUCAUCAGCAGGUUGAUGCAGGUGGGGGAGGAGUUCUGCGGUAGCCGCUCCGAGGUCCUCCAGGAGUCCAUCAAGCGCCAGAGCGUUAACUACUUCAAGAACUACCACAGGACUCGCCUGGAGGAGCUGCGGAUGUUCCUGGAGAAUGAGACAUGGGAGCUGUGCCCUGUGAAAUCCAACUUCAGCAUCGCCCAGCUCCACGAGUUUAAGUUCAUGGGUCAGUGUCGGUCCCCGUCAGUGUCGCCCAGUCGCCGGGCUUCGUCCACUACAAGCCCCACAGAGGUGUCUCUGUUCGAGCAGUACCUGCCGGGAGGCAACCCCUUCGAGAGGCAGAUCGACAACAAAGAGGAGGAGACCGAAGACGUGCUGGCCUCCAAUGGGUAUGAGUCAGACGAACUGGAGAAGAACGUGUACCAGGAUUACGACAGUGACAGCGACGUUCCCGAGGAGCUCAAGCAGGACUACGUGGACGAGCAAACGGGCGACGUGCCCGUCAAAAGUGUUUCCAGGGAGACCUUGCGCAGCCGGAAGCGUUCAGACUACAACCUCAACAAAACAAACGCACCCAUCCUGACCAACACCACCCUCAACGUCAUACGGCUGGUCGGAAAGUACAUGCAGAUGAUGAGCAUCCUGCAGCCCAUAGCCUUUGACGUUAUCCACUGCGUCUCACAGCUCUUUGACUACUACCUGUACGCCGUCUACACAUUCUUUGGACGGAAUGACAUGCCUGUCACUAGCCAGUCUGCGCCCGCGCCAGGCAAAGAGCAGGGCGCUGCCAGGCAGGCCCCCCCGGUUUACUGGUAUGAAUCAUCGGGCCUGGGACUGAUCAGCAGCCGCCUGAGGACCACGCUGAACCGCAUCCAGGAGAGCCUCAUCGACAUGGAGCCCAGCGGGGAGAGCCUGGGUCCCCACGGUCCCCCUGAAGAACGCCGGGAGAAGGUUCCGAGCCCGCACCUGAGCCAGAUGGUGGUGCUGACCUCCAGUGGAACGCUCUACGGCCUCGCCCAGAGAGUGGUGGCCACCGAGUCCCUAGUGUUUCUGGCCGAACAGUUUGACUUCCUGCAGUCGCACCUUGAUGCCAUGAUGCCUUCAGCCAAGAAGCCCUUCUUGCAGCAGUUCUACUCGCAGACGGUGUCCACGGCCAGCGAGCUGCGGAAGCCCAUCUACUGGAUCGUGGCGGCCAGAGCCAUCGACUACGAGCAGAUGCUGCUCCUCAUGGCUGGGGUCAAGUGGGACAUCAAGGAGAUCAUGUCCCAGCACAAUGUCUAUGUGGAUGUCCUUUUGAAGGAGUUCGAGCAGUUCAACAAGCGGCUGAGCGAGGUGUCUCGGCAGGUGCGGAUCCCCCUGUCCGUCUCCAACGUCCUGUGGGAGCACUGCAUCCGUCUGGCCAACCGGACACUGGUGGAGGGCUAUGCAAAUGUGAAGAAGUGCAGCAACGAGGGACGUGCCCUCAUGCAGCUGGACUUCCAGCAGUUCCUCACCAAGCUGGAGCGCCUGACCGACCUGCGGCCCAUCCCCGACAAGGAGUUCGUGGAGACCUACAUCAAGGCCUACUACCUGACCGAGAACGACAUGGAGCAGUUCAUCAAGAACCACCGGGAGUACUCCAUGAAGCAGCUGGCCAACCUGGUGAAUGUGUGUCUGGGCUCUCACAUCAACAAGAAGGCCCGGCAGAAGCUCCUGGCUGCCAUCGAUGACAUUGACAGGCCCAAGAGAUAGACGCCAUUCACCCUGAGAACCACCUCUCACACAUGCGGCGCAUACACACAUGCGUGCGCGUGCAGAAACACACACACACACACACACACACACACACACACACGCACACAGAAAUCCACAUCAUGCAGACACACACACACACACACACACACACACACACACACACACACACACACACACACACACACACACAAAUCCACAUCACACAGACACACACACAUACACACACACACACACACACACACACAAGUUAAUACCAUUAUGUGUGUAUAAACACCAACUGCAGCUCCAGCCGUCCCGCAUGACCUGGCAGUCAUCAUAAACCAAUGCAUUUCAAACUCAACUCAUCUCGAGCUUCUCUGCUUGUCUUGAUCAAGUUCUGCGUGAAUCUGGCCGAUUCUUGCGUCUGACUGUGCAAGAAUACGGUCAAGAACAUAGUGUUCAGAUAUCACGUCUAUGGACGUUCCCUGAUGGUGCAAUGAAGUAACAGUCCGUGCGCUGGUCAGUGGCUUCUGUUUAGUGCUAAAGUGGAGAUCGGCGGAUGUUUUGGGACAGAUACUGGACUGGACAAGUGCUUUGGACCGAAUGCAUGUAACCUCUUUUUUUGUUGCUUAUUCCUCUCCUCUCUCUCUUUUUGUUGUUGUCUCCCCAAAGGGGGUGAAAAGCGAACCGGACGUCUGACCUUUUUGAAGAGACUAUUUUAAAAAGCUGCCCCGGAAGCGAGUGCUUAGCUACCUGUUCCAGAAAUUUUGGGUUGUUUUUUUUUUGUUUUGUUUUGUUUUGUUUGUGUCGUCAAGCACCUCAUGUUCCAAGGAACACUUGAGUGUCUUUCUGUAUGACGGAUGAUCCAUUGUGUUGCCUCCACUUGUACGCUCCAAUCAGCACUAGUACUUAAGAGCAUCUAUAAGCCAGCCCAAGGACCACGUGUUUGCACAGUUAGCCCACACCAUAGAGCAGUAGGGUGAAAUGUUGAUGUACUCUGUACGCAUUUGUGUUUUCACAACAAUUAUCCUGAAAUCCUACGUAAUCAAGAAGCUGUCAACUUAUUACGUGAAUGUUAUGUUAAAAAGGAAGGGUUUUAAUAAGCAUAACGGCAUAUGUUCUUCUUGAUUAAA